AUGACCGAACAUAUCAGACCAAUAGCAUCCGAAUUACUGUCCAAUGAUCUAGUCAUCACAGCGCAGAUUAACAUUUUGAAUGAUAAACAGCAACCAAUCCGUUGUCGAGCGUUGCUCGACACCGGAUCCAGUAUGAAUUUCAUUACCGAGGAAUUAGCAAAAUCGCUAAAGAUAAGGCAAAACAAAUGUUCGGUCCCGAUCGGAGCUCUAGAUGCCUUGACAGCGACUUCUAAGCGACACAUCACGGCCACGAUCACUUCCCCUGACGCCCCGGAUCUAGCCAUUCGGUGCCUCAAGCAACUGGCAGAGGACGAAGGACAUCGAUUUCCACGUGCAGCACAGAUACUGCAGCGGGAUUUCUACGUCGACGACGUUCUCACCGGAGCUGAAACGAAGGACGAAGCCCUUACGCUCAGAACAGAACUCACCAAUUUACUUCAACUGGCCGGCUUAAACAUACGAAAAUGGGCAUCAAACGACAAUGACUUAUUACACGGACUUUCCUUAGAAGAAACAAAUCAUCAACAUCUUUUGGGCGACUCGCAAACGUUGAAGACGCUGGGGGUGUUUUGGAAUUCAUCCGACGACUCCAUUCUUUACUCGGUCGAAGUCAAACCCACCCCCUCCCCAGUCACGAAACGAAUCAUCAGCUCGGAGAUUGCAAAAAUCUACGAUCCGCUCGGUCUGCUCGCACCGGUGAUUGUUCGGGCCAAGAUGCUGCUUCAACGAAUAUGGUUCCAACGCAAGGCAAUAAUCAAGUCCGCAACGGAAAUUGAAUUGCAUGGUUUCUGCGAUGCCAGCGAAAAGGCUUACGGAGCCCGUGUUUAUCUCCGAACCCUUAACCGUGUUUGGACCCAACUUUUAACCGCAAAAUCGAAAGUCGCCCCGCUCAUGUACCAGACCAUUCCUCGGCUCGAGCUGAGAGGAGCACUCCUUCUUACGUCCCUGAUGUCGACCGUACAAGUGCUAUUGCACAAAAUUACUCGAACUAUCUAUUGGUCCGAUUCAACUAUCGUCCUCCAUUGGCUCAAUACAUCACCUCACACCCUUAAAACAUUCGUCGCUAACAGAGUCUCCGAAAUUCAAACAAAAACCAAUAUCCGCGAUUGGCGCCACGUUCCCACCAACGACAAUCCCGCGGACUUAGUAUCACGCGGCCAAACACCCGAAGAGUUUCUGCGCCCAACCAUCUGGCAGCACGGUCCUGCAUGGCUCUACCAGCCGGAAAACUACUGGCCGACAUGGGCGCUAACACCGCAAGUUGAAGUACCGGAGCAGAAGGGGGCGAUUUGUCUGUCCGCGAACCUCGCCGAUUACAGUUUGUUGCAAAGAUAUUCAUCCGGGCCCAAGUUGAUACGAAUCAUAGCUCGUUGCCUCCGUUGGAAACAGAAAAAGAACCGGGCGGCACCCCUAACCGUCACCGAAUUACGCACAACACGCGAUAAGCUAAUAAAAUUGUUGCAAAACUUCCAUUUCUCCGAGGAAAUUCGUACACUCCAAAAAGAUCGGAACGCGGCGAUAAAGGGUAAGCUCACGCGACUCAACCCGUUCGUUGACAAGGAAGGAAUAUUGCGAGUCGGGGGUCUACUCAGUCAUUCGUCGAUGACCUUCGCCCAGAAACAUCCCAUAGUAUUACCUAAGUCAUCCGUUACAACACGCAUUAUAGAACACGAGCACAAGAUCCACAUGCACUCCGGAACGCAGGCUACGCUAUACGCAGUAAGACAAAGAUACUGGCCCGUCGACGGUCGAAGUCAAAUAUGGCGGGCGAUCAAAGGCUGCGUCCGCUGCUGCCGCGCUCAACCACCGCCGGUAGAAUACGUAAUGGGUGAUCUGCCGGAGGCGCGAGUAACGGAAUCUCGCCCAUUCACAAACGUCGGCGUCGAUUACUGCGGGCCGUUCCACAUCAAGGAAAAGCGAGAUCGUGACCGUCGACAGAUAAAGGUAUACGUAGCCAUCUUCGUAUGCCUAGCAGUUAAAGCGGUACACACCGAGCUUGUUGACGAUCUCACUAGCGAAGCCUUCAUCGCCGCUCUUCGCAGAUUCAUCGCUCGACGAGGGUAUUGCUCCACCAUCCAUUCUGAUAACGGCACCAACUUCAGAGGAGCAAGCAACGAGUUACGAGAGCUUCAUGAUUUAUUACAAUCGGACGACCACAAAGAAAAAUGGGCUAUGGGAAGCAGCGGUAAAGUCCUUCAAACGCCACCAUAG